AUGUUUCCUAAAGUUUCAAAAGCCACUUUAAAAGUGAUUAUUGCUGCCUGCUUCGGUAGUAUAUCCUAUGGUUAUGUUUCCGGUGUCGGAGGCACUAUUAUUGCCCAGCCAACAUUUAUUGACUACUUUAACUACGACAGUAGUGCUAGUAUUGCUGAUACUUUUAAUGGAUUGCUUUCUGGUGGUGGUCUAAUUGGUGUUUUUAUAGGCGGAACCCUAUCAGAAAGCUAUGGUCGUCGUUUUGCCAUCUGGUGUGGGUCACUUAUUGGAGUAAUUGGCGCUACGUUAAUGACGGCAUCUGUUGAUAUCCCUAUGCUUUAUGUUUCAAGAAUCAUAUUAGGCAUGUCUAUUGGUAUGCUAGUGAUGUUAAUUCCUUUAUAUCAAACGGAAGUUGCCCCUACAGAAGGUAGAGGCUUGUUGGUUUGCAUGCACGGUGUACUUAUCCUCAUAGGUUAUUGUAUGGCAUUUUGGAUUAAUGUUGGUGUUUACUUUCUCAAAACUGAAGGCAGCUGGAGAAUUCCAGCAGGAAUCCAAAUACUUUGGCCAAUUGCUUUGGCAAUUAGUUUAUUUUUUUUACCAGAAUCACCAAGAUGGCUAAUUGAGCACGGUGAAAUUGAAAAAGCAAGAAAGAUUAUGAUGGAACUAGAACCAGAAAUGACUAAUGAGGAGUUUGAUCUUCUUCAUCACCAAAUUUCAAUUGAGAAUCAAAAAUCAUCUUGGUUAUCUAUCCUCACUACUAAGUCAUACAGAAGAAGAUUAUAUGUUGGUUUGCUGGUAAUGAUUGGAGGACAAGCAACUGGUACACUUGUUGUUACUAAUUAUGGGCCAACACUUUACGCAGCUCUUGGCUUUAAUAACUUGAACCAACUUCUUAUUAGUUCUGGCUAUAUCACAUGUGGGGUUCUUAGUAACUUGGCUUCUGCAUUUUUAUCUGAUGUUGCUGGUAGAAAGACUUUGAUGAUUGUUGGGAUUUUUGGAUCAGGUAUUAUUGCAAUGUCAUUUGAAACUAUUAUGGUUGCUCUUUAUGGCGGCUCAGACAAUAAAUCAGGAAAUGCUGCUGCUGUUUUCUUCAUGUUCUUCCAUAUUUUGAUUUAUGGUGGUUGUGUGGAUGCAAAUACUUAUGUCUAUGUUAAUGAAAUCUGGCCAACCCAUAUUAGAUCAAAAGGUGCUGCUUUAUGCACUCUGGGAUUGUUUAUUGGUAUUUUAGCUUUUACUACUGGGGUCACCACUGCCAUUAAUACCAUUCAUUGGAAAUUCUUUAUAGUUUUUAUUUGUUUGAGUACGGUUUUCCUUGUUAUUGCUUGGUUCUUUUUCCCAGAAACGAAAAAUGUUUCUUUAGAAGAGGUUGGAAGACUUUUUGGUGAUUAUCCUUUAGAAGAUGAUAAUCAAGUUAACGCCAUUGAUGGCAAAUCAUUGGAAAAGUCUUUGAAGGAAACACAUAAUAUCCUUGUUAAAGAAGAAAAAUCAAUUGAACAAUCCGUGUGA